AUGCCGUUUUGCAGAGUGGUUCCUGAGCCAUGGAGAACCGUCGAUAACGGACCGGAUUUAGGGAUUGUCGAUCUUACGGUCACCGCUCUUGAUGGAAAGCUAGAUUCGUUAAAGGACGGCCCAGAUUCCUCUGAUGUGAUCGAGUGUAACAGCUCCGAUAGUGAGGGUACUCGCAGCGAUAGUAACCGCGGUAGCGAUAGCAGCGACAUUUGCGAACAUCCUGGUAACUGCAGCACGAGUAGUCGCGCCGACGCCAACGGCAAUGGCGCUGCUGACGGCACAAGCGGCGGCAGUUACGCUAAUCAUGAUGGCGAACUUGAUGCUAAGAGCGAGCAUGCUCCUAGCGAACCUACUGCGAACGAGUGUAUUUCCGGCGAGUCAUCGACUAAUAGCGAAUCCGCCGCUAGCGAGGCCGCUCCUAGCGAGUCAGCGGCGAGCGAGGCGGCCGUUCGGCUGGUGUCGGCAGCUGCGCUGGUGGCGGCGGGAGUGCAAGACGCGGAGGAGGACUCAUGCAGCAUCUGCCUCGACGCAUUCACCGAAUCCGAGCCUGCCACCCUCACAGUAUGCAACCACGAGUACCAUUUCCAGUGCGUCCUCGAAUGGGCACAGCGUCGAGAGGAGUGCCCCAUGUGCUGGCGUAAGCUGGCACUGCAAGAUGAAACGUG